AUGGUAACUAAUGAUGAUAAACAGCAUAAAGAGCAGCAAAAAUUAUGGAACAGAUUAUUUAAAACGGAUAAGUUUAGCACCGUAAUACAAUUACCACGGAAAUAUCGUCAUAAUCGUUGGAAUGCUAUUCGUACAUUAGGUGAUGGUGCCUUUGGUGAAGUUCGUUUAUUGGUAGAUUCGGAAAAUCCAGAAAUAGUGGUAGCUGCAAAAUGCAUGAAUACAAAUGCAUCAGGAAAAGAACAAGAAUUCUUCAAAAAACUGCGUCGUGAGGCUUUGAUUAUGCGUAUAUUUCACAAUUCUGAACAUGUCAUUCAUUACAUUGGAAUGCGUUAUGAUGCGGGACGUAUUGAAAUGUUUCUCGAAUAUGCUGAUGGAGGAGAAUUGUUCGAUCAUAUCGAACCGGACAGUGGCAUGCCAGCUCGGAAAGCGCAGAAUUUUUUCCGGCAGAUCAUUGCUGGAUUGAAGCAUAUUCAUUCAAUGGGUAUAGUACAUCGUGAUAUCAAACCAGAAAAUCUGUUACUUAUGAAAAAUGGUCAGCUAAGAAUUUGCGAUUUUGGUUUAGCAACAAUAUUUCGUCAUAAAGGAGUGGAAAGAAAGUUGAAAUCGAAAUGUGGCACAGUACAGUAUCUUUCGCCUCAGGUGUUAUCAUCCGACUACAGAGGCGAACCAUCCGAUAUAUGGUCCUGUGGAAUUGUGCUCAUUGCAUUGCUUACUGGUGAAUUACCCUGGGAUGAAGCGGUCAAAACUUCAGCAGCUUUCAAACUUUGGCUUACACAGUAUGAUUGGAGGCGUCAGCCACCUUGGGAUAGACUUUUUGGACCAAUAACAAAUUUGUUACGAAAGAUGCUGGAUGUAUGUGAGAAAAAACGAAUCAAAAUUCCAGAAAUUGAGCAACAUGAAUUUUUUGUCAGCGAAAUAAAAUAUGAAAUACCGAGUGCGAAAAGGAUGAGAGGUUUUAAGGCACAAGGUAAGAAUGUUGCAACCAUCCCACCGAAAACUGCAAAUGAACCAGUUGGUGAAAAUCCAGUAACUUUGAAAGAAAACAACGAAGCUGAAGGACCACCAAGUUCUUUACAAAAAGUGAUUGUUGAAAAUCAAAAAGAACCUGAUCUAAAACAAGUCAAAGAACCUGAUCUAAAGCAAAUCAAAGAACCUGAUCUAAAACAAGUCAAAAUUUCAGCUCCCAAAAAUAUUAAAGAAAGAUUAGAAUUACCAGACGAUGCAAUUUCCCAGCCUAUUCCACCAUGUGGCAGUUCAGAGUUAAUAAGAGAAUUACGAUUAGACGCAUUUGCUGGUAAUUUCUUUUCACAGCCUGUUGGUGUAGAACUAUUAACACAGAUCGAUUACAGUGUCAAUCAGCAUCCAUUGGCACUCCUGGCGCGCCGUAUGACACGUUUUUGUGUGACGAAGCGAACAUACGAAAUGAUGUCGAUUAUCAAAGAAAGAGUAGAUCUCAAAUUUACCUGUGUACAACGUACACCCAAUAUGAUGUCAAUUAGUGGUCCUCGAAAUCGAAUGUGUUAUGUUGUAACAAUUUACGAAAUGAUGGGAGAAGAUGGCAGAAAAGUGAUGGUAGAUUGUCGACGGUCGCGUGGUGAUGGAAUUGAAUUUAAACGAGCAUUUUUAGAUUUCAAACAUAAAUUGCGUGAUGUAAUAUGUGAGUCAGGCAAUACAUGGUUACAAAGACAGGGUUUAGUGGUAAUAUCAUAA